AUGACAAACGAAAUGGGAAAAUAUAAGUCAAAAGACAAAACCUAGUAAGAAAUCCAGUUAGAUGAGACAUACUUGCUUUGUGUCGACCCAUAGAAUUUAGAAUAGUACUUGCUAAACAUAGGAAAGAAAAAAGCUGAAUUUAAAAUAUAAGACCAAAUUUCAAACUUAGAAAUGAUUCAAAACAAAAUAAAGCGUCACAAAUACAUAAUGGAAGAGUUAUUGAGGCUAGAAAGUUCUCCGGAUGACUAGACUUGGACUUUAGGAGAUGAAGAAGCAGCUGAAAUAAAGAGAUAUCGAAGACAAAUGAUUCUUCCGUAUCUUUUACAUGAAGAGUCACAUAAAUAUCCAAGAUAUGUGGAUUAAUCUGAUUUGCCUCAGAAAAAUCUGAAAAAUCCCGCAGAAGACAUAUUCAUAGAUAUCAAAGUAUUAAUUUCUUCAGACUUCUACAAGAAAAAUGAUUAUAAAUAGAAGAAAACAAUAAACUCUGAACCUGAUUAAAAGAACUAUGUUGAAAUUAUGCAGGUAUUUUUGUUGGAUACUGCUGAUAAACUCACUAGAAAAGUUCAAAAAAGAGUAGAUAAAUUGCUUGGAUUCAAAGUAAGCAGCAAGUCAGAUCCCUUGAAAUAUAUCUUAAAGUUUAGAAAUGUAGAAUCUUACAUUUUUGGAAAAGAGUAACUCAUAUAUUUCUAGGAAAUUAGAGAAUUUUUAAGGAAAAAUAAAUUUAGUGGAGAUGAGAAGUAGCAGCUAGAAUUGGUAGUUUUAGAAAUGAAUACUGAGUUUAAGGAAUGUAACUUUCCUCCCAUGUAUAACAGAUAAUUUGAAUUAGUUAAAAGGGAAAAUAGGAGUAGAGGAAGUACUAUAAGACAGGGUACAUUCUUUUCAGAAAGUUUGCCUGUAAUGAGAAGUUCAUCAAAGAAUGUUGAUAUAGGAUCAUAAUUAAAAAUUAGAGAAACUUAAAUUGGUAAAAAUGAGUUAGAAAGCAGAUCUUCAGAUAUUUUAAGAAUGUCACAUUCGCCAAAUAUUAAAGUGAUUGAUCCAGAUUAGAAUGAAUAAAUAGCAGCCAGAUAUUAAGAGGAGUCAAUAUUCUUUUGGUAUAUGCCUAACAAUUUCAAUAAUUAACCUGAAAAAAUUGCUAAAUCCUAAAACAGCAUCUAAUAUGAAUCAUUUUAUAAUCAUGAAGAUUUGGGCAAAUUCAUAUUCUCCUGUAAUCUUAUUAAUGACUUUAAGAUGUAGGUUCUAGGAAUUAACAAUAUCGUCUAGUAAAUCGAAAAAUAUAUCUUAACUACAUAAGAAGAGCAAAAAGAAAAUGGAAAGUAGAGCAAGAAAGGCAAUAAACCAGUUAUCUUAGAGUUAGAAUAAAUAACAAUUGAUCUAUAGGAAAAACCUAAAAAAUUCGAUUCAAAUGAGAACAAAAAAAUAGAGGGCUUAGAAUUUGAAUCAUCUCAUUUCGAUAUUUUAUCUGCUUAGGAGAGAGAUAAAUUCAAUGAACAACAAGAAUCUCCAAAAAUUACUAAGGAAAAUUUAGCAUUUACUAAGAAAUCUGGUAAAUCCUCACAUCAUUAAAAGAAACCCAAGACAUUCUUUGUAAAUUUUAGAUCUGUCAUAGUACAAGUUUAAGUUUACCUUGGCAGCAAAGAAAUAACUGAACCUUUAUAUACUAAUCCAGGAAUAUUUAAUGACAAUGUAAUGCUGGGAGAUACACUAAAGUUUAGAAAGAGAAAGUACAAUAAAGUUUAGAGCAAUAUUCUCGAUCUCGCUAAUCUACCUAGCUAUUCAAGAAUAUGUUUUAGCAUAAUCGGCUUUGAUAUUGAUAGUUAAAAAUUAAAAAACAGAAUUGUUAAGGGAUAUGUCCUUGGUUCUGCCAGUAUAUCCUUAUUUGAUUAUGAUAAGAUAUUAAGAGGAGGGAUUUAAAAAUUGAAGGUUUGGCCUUUGACAAAAUAUGAUCCUAGAAUAGUUUGCUAAACUUAAUGUAACACUUUAGAAUAAAAACACAUUAAUUAGAAAUUUGAUGAUAGUUAAGAAAUGACAUUGAUAAUUGGAUUUCUAAACUUCAACAAGCCGGUCAAGUGGGCUCUUAAAUCUUAAGUGUCUGAAUAAAAGUAGUAAUUCAUUGAGUCAGAAAUUGUUGAAUCAGACUUAUUUAAUAAGACAGAUUUAAAAAAUGAUAGCCAAUAAAGAUAGGAUACAUAAGUUAUCGACAAAGAAGGAGAUUAUUUGAGGGAAGUAAAGAGAAUGCUUGAUAGAUAUCCCUUAGAAGAGAAAGAAGAGGAUGACUAUCAUCCUAAAAUAAUCAUCUAAAAUAGGAAAUAUGUCGAUAUUUUGCCUUCAUUCAUUAAAGCAGUUGAUUUCACUUAUAAGAAAUAUAGAGAUAUUUGCUAUACUUACCUCCUAAAAUCUGAAAAGGCGUAGAACCUUCAACCAGAUGUGGCUCUUGCAUUGUUAGAUUCCAAAUUUGGAGAUGAAAGGAUAAGAUAAUUUGCCGUUGAUAAGAUAAAAUCUCUUGAUGAUUAUAUGCUAGCACUCUACAUGCCUUAACUGGUUCAAGCUCUAAAAGCUGAACUCUUUCAUUAAUCUUACCUCUCUGAAAUGCUUUUAGAAAGAGCGAUAAGAAACACAGGAGUCGUCGGGCAUGCAUUCUUCUGGGCUUUAAAGUCUAGUCUUCAUGAAAAAUCGAGCUUUGAAAGGUUUUAUUUGAUUUUGGAGAGAUUUUUAAUGUGUUGCGGAAGAUUUAAAUUUACUCUGUAUAAUUAGUCUUUAGUUAAUAGAGCACUGAUGGAAACUUCUAAAAUGUAGUAGGAAUAUAGAGAUAAGAUAACACAUGAAAAAUUCUUAGCUCAUGAUAAAAGGCAAAAAAGCAUUUUAAACACUGUUUUAAAGUUGAAGGCCUUUGAAAUUAAGGAGAAGAUUAAAUAUAUACUACUAAAUGAAUAUAAUAUUUUCAAGCUAGAGGAACUUCAUGAAAUCAAUUAGAGAUAUGAGAAAAUAUUCGCACAGAUUUUGUAUAUAAGACUUGCUAUUAAACCAGAAGAUGCCAGUAAUCCAAUAAAAUUUGAAGAUUAUCAAGACUAAAUUUUAAUUGAUCCUAAAGAAGAAAUUCUUUUCUAUUUCCCUUUAGAGCCUAAGAAGCCUGUAAUUGGAUUCUUGGAAAAUAAAAGUAUAUAUUUUUCCUCUAAAAAACUACCGCUAAUGAUAGUCUCAUAAUUAAAACAAGAUAACAUUGAGAAGGAUACAAUGUUAUAUGUAAAUAGAGAAUUUGAAGAUUUGCAGUCAUUUAAAGAAGAAGCCAAAGGGAAUGAGGUUUAGCUCUUAAAGAUUAUUUUCAAAUAUGGAGAUGAUUUAAGGUAGGAUAACUUAGUGCUUCAGCUUUUUAAAUUGAUGGAUAAGCUUUGGAUUGAACAAGAUCUUAAUCUGGAAAUGAUAGCUUACUCAAUAUUUGAGAUAGGUUAUUAGAUGGGUUAUUUGGAAUUAGUUGAUGAUUCUAUUGAGUUCGCAGAUAUCUAUAAAGCUAUUGGAGCUCGUAGUCCAUUUGAGGAAGAAACAUUUUAUAAGUAUGCUGAGACUAUAUUCAAACCGAUUGAUGAAAAAAGACAAAAAGAUAAUUAUGACGACAAAUCAUAGAUUAAAAGGAAGCAGUUUCAUUAAAAUUUUCUAAGAAGUUUAGCAUGCUAGUGUGUAGCCACCUACAUUCUAAGUAUCGGUGAUAGGCACUGUGGAAACUAUAUGCUUUAGAAAACAUCUGGCAAAUUUUUCCACAUUGAUUUCGGGCAUUUCAUGGGAAGUAAAAAGAAAAAAUUUGGUCUUAAAAUUGAAGUUGAGCCUUUUAUUUAUCAGAAGUAAUUCAACUACUUUUUGAUCAAUUUUAAAACAGAGGAUGCAGAUAUUGAAAAAAAGAAAAGUAUUAUAAAUCAAGAGAACUAAGAUAGUCAACAAGAUGCUAAAGAAGAUUUACCAAAAAAGAAAAAAUCUAUUGAUAAUGUUGGCGCAAUUAAUACUGAUAAAACUGAUAAGAAUCUUCAAGACCUGUAAAAAUUAUGUUGUUAGGCAUUUAGAAUAUUGAGAUAAAAUAGUCAUUUCCUCAUUAAUGUAUUGAUGUUAAUGGUAGUGAGUGGUAUUGACUAGCUCACUGAGAAAGGAAUAAUGGAUUUAGUUUAGAGAUUAAAAUUGAAUGUCUCCGACGAAGAGGCAGAAAAUGAUUUCAGAAAGUAAAUGCAAAUAGCUCUUGGGGUAAGGAGAAGGAGAAUAUUUGACUACAUGCAUGUUGGUAUUCAUCAGCACAAGAGAAAUAAAUUUUCUAAUAUCUUCAGAUGUGUUUGCUGCUGUUGUUGCAUUUGA